AGGGAGCCGUUUAGGGCGACUUUCUCGGUCGUCAGUCGGGAGCUGCUCGCAGUACUUGUGUCGCCGUCAUGUCUGGUCGUGGCAAACAGGGAGGCAAGGCCCGCGCUAAGGCCAAGUCCCGCUCUUCCCGCGCCGGUCUCCAGUUCCCGGUGGGGCGUGUGCACCGUCUCCUGCGCAAGGGCAACUACGCCGAGCGGGUGGGAGCCGGCGCGCCGGUGUACAUGGCGGCGGUGCUGGAGUACCUGACGGCCGAGAUCCUGGAGCUGGCGGGCAACGCGGCCCGAGACAACAAGAAGACGCGCAUCAUCCCCCGUCACCUGCAGCUGGCCAUCCGCAACGACGAGGAGCUCAACAAGCUGCUGGGCAAGGUCACCAUCGCCCAGGGCGGCGUUUUGCCCAACAUCCAGGCCGUGUUGCUCCCCAAGAAGACGGAGAGCCACCACAAGGCGAAGGGCAAGUGAGGCCGUGCGUCCGGCGCCCACCCAGCCCCCCGUUACGAAAGGGGCACCUGUGAAAUCAAAAGGCUCUUUUCAGAGCCACCCACUCUUUCAAGUAAAAGAGCUGUUAUUAUCGUA